UAUUUUCUCUGCAUACUAGUCAUUGGGUCUAUCGUUCUCAUUUUCCAAUCUCCAUUGCUCAAAUCACUUUCCUUUCAUUCACAUUUCGCAGGGCGCUUCUUUCUCAUUGCUGGCAAAAUGGCAAAUGCAGCGUCCGGAAUGGCUGUGCAUGAUGAUUGCAAACUGAAGUUUCAAGAGCUUAAAUCAAAGAGGAAUUACAGGUAUGUUGUGUUUAAAAUUGAAGAACAGCAAGUGGUGGUUGAGAAAUUAGGGGGCCCCACGGCAAGUUAUGAGGACUUUAUGGCCUGUUUUCCACCAAAUGAAUGUCGUUAUGCUGUCUAUGAUUUUGACUUCACAACUAAUGAGAACUGCCAGAAAAGCAAGAUCUUCUUCAUUGCAUGGUCACCAGAUUCCUCAGCUGUGAGGAUGAAGAUGGUGUACGCAAGUUCUAAGGAUAGAUUCAAGAGGGAAUUGGAUGGCAUUCAAGUUGAUAUGCAAGCAACUGAUCCAAGUGAGAUGAGCUUGGACCUUGUUAAAGCACGAGCCAUGUAAUUGGCCUUCUUCAUCAUUGUUAUUAUCUCUUAUAAGUUAUGGAUUAAUUCCCAACUAUUCUGCAACCUUGGGAGCCAUCUUUCUUUGCCUAUUAUAGCUUGGAUUCAACAGCAAUCACAAAUCCAAAAUGACAUGCAUAUGCAUCAUUCUUCCGUGUACUCGAUCCUUGUUCAGUUUUCUAGCGAUCUUGGAUUUCUGGCUUCUUUGAAAAGCCAUGUGUAGUGGUGGGUUCAAGAUCAGUAGCAUGCAUUUAUUAUAUAUCUUAAGUAGGUUCGUUAUUCUCAUACCGACCACUUGGUUUUUCACUUGAUGAAGCUGGUUUUUGUGCAGAAGCUACUGAAGAAUGAUGGCACUGAUAUGUGUCUCAUGUUUCUCCUUUUUUGUUAACUAUUAUGUUUCUUCAUUUUCUUUCUCUCUUGUUUCGAUUCGAAGUACUAUAAUCGAAUAGUACGAUACAGAUAAUGAUGAUAUACAUAUCUUUUAAUUUCCUGCUGUAUAU